UGCGAGAUCCUAGGUGGUACCGUUGGUGAAUGAGCAGCACAGCGGAACAUCGAGUGCACUGUAAAUCAGUGUGUGACUCUCAUGGUAAAGCCUUCCCUGCGGCCGGCAGCACCCAUGGACGACGCCCGAGAUCCACACCCCCCCAUGUAGGACCAAGUAAACACGACUUCAGGGCGACGCUUCACCUUCCUCCGGUUCACCUAUGAUGGAACGGGCGAUGGAGCAGCUUAACGUACAGCUCAGCCGGCUGACCCGGUCCCUCCGCCGGGCCAGGACCGUAGAACUCCCGGAAGACAAUGAGACAGCAGUUUACACACUUAUGCCAAUGGUCAUGGCUGACCAGCACAGAUCAGUGACAGAGCUGCUGCUCAACUCCAAGUUUGAUGUGAACUACGCCUUUGGACGAGUGAAGAGAAGUUUGUUGCACAUCGCUGCCAACUGCGGGUCAGUGGAGUGUCUGGUUCUGCUGCUGAAGAGAGGUGCCAACCCAAACUACCAGGACAUCUCAGGCUGUACUCCUCUGCACCUCGCUGCUAGGAACGGACAGAAGAAGUGUAUGGGCAAACUAUUGGAAUACAAUGCUGAUGUCAAUAUCUGCAACAAUGAGGGACUGACUGCUAUCCACUGGCUGGCGGUAAACGGGCGAACGGAGCUGCUGCACGACCUGGUCCAACAUGUGUCCAACGUGGACGUGGAGGACGCCAUGGGGCAGACUGCGCUACACGUAGCCUGUCAGAAUGGACACAAAACAACGGUGUUGUGUCUCCUGGACAGCGGAGCUGAUAUCAACAGGCCGAAUGUGUCUGGAGCCACGCCUCUGUACUUUGCCUGCAGCCACGGCCAAAGAGACACGGCACAGAUCCUGCUGUCUCGAGGUGCCAAAUACCUCGCUGAUAAAAAUGGAAUCACUCCUCUGGAUCUCUGUGUGCAGGGUGGAUAUGGGGAAACCUGUGAGAUCCUCAUUCAGCACCACAACAGGCUGUUCCAGACCCUCAUCCAGAUGACACAGAACGAUCUCAUCAAAGAGAACAUGCUCAGGCAGGUUCUGGAGCAUGUCUCUCAACAAAGUGACGGUCAUUACCAGAGGAUAUUGACUAGUCUUGCUGAAGUGGCUACCACCAAUGGACACAAGCUUCUCAGCUUGUCCAGCAGUUAUGAAGCUCAAAUGAAGAGUCUGCUGAGGAUUGUUCGUAUUUUCUGCCACGUGUUCCGCCUUGGGCCCUCGUCACCCAACAACGGCAAUGACAUGGGCUACAAUGGCAACAAGACGCCCCGCAGCCAGGUCUUUAAGCGGCGGCAACAGGCUAAGCAAGGAAUUCCAGAAGUGCCUCUCCCCGUCAACACAUUGCAGCUCUUCCUGGAGGAUCCAGAGGCGUCCCCAGACCAGACGCCUCUGGAGCUGCUGUGGCACUCUCUGGACGAGUGGCUGGUGCUCAUCUCCACAGAGCUGGAGAGGAACAGGAAGAACCCGUCUUCCUCCUCCAGCAGCAGCAGCGAGAUCGCGUCUCUGCUCCUCAAGCAGCGCGAGGCCGACCAGGCUGGCACCAACAACGCUGGCACUGACGACGCUGGCACCGACGACGCUGGCACCAACAACGCUGACACCACAACAAAGCUCCCCUCCUUGCUGGACCAUCCCAUCGUCAUGGAGAAGGAGGCGUACGCCGAUGGGGAGGAUGUGAUCUCUAUGACGGCCAACCGGCUCAGUGCUGUCAUCCAGGCUUUCUACAUGUGCUGCUCCUGCCAGAUGCCACGAGGAAUGACAUCGCCACGCUUCAUCGAAUUUGUCUGCAAGCAUGACGAGGUGCUGAAGUGUUUCGUAACCAGGAAUCCAAAGAUAAUCUUUAACCACUUCCACUUCCUCCUGGAGUGUCCAGAGUUGAUGUCACGGUUCAUGCAUAUCAUUAAGGGCCAGCCCUUCAAGGAUCGCUCCGAGUGGUUCUAUGAGCAUCUGCUGGCCGGCCAGCCAGACUCCGACAUGGUUCAUCGUCCAGUGAAUGAGAACGACAUCCUGCUCAUCCACAGAGACUCCAUAUUUAGGAGCAGCUGUGAGAUGGUUUCCAAGUCCACCAAUGAGAAACUCAAACAGGGCAUUGCUGUUCGUUUCCAUGGCGAGGAAGGCAUGGGCCAGGGCGUGGUUCGGGAGUGGUUUGACAUCCUGUCGAAUGAGAUCAUCAACCCAGACUAUGGUCUCUUCACUCAGUCAGCUGAUGGUACAACCUUUCAGCCCAACAGCAACUCCUCCGUAAACCCGGACCAUCUGAACUACUUCCGGUUCGCUGGUCAGAUUCUGGGUCUGGCUCUGUACCACCGGCAGCUGGUCAACAUUUACUUCACCCGCUCCUUCUAUAAACACAUACUAGGUAUCCCAGUGAACUACCAGGAUGUGUCGUCCAUCGACCCAGAGUACGCCAAGAACCUGCAGUGGAUACUGGACAACGACAUCAGUGACCUGGGACUAGAGCUCACCUUCUCCGUAGAGACAGACGUGUUCGGGGCGAUGGAGGAGGUGCCGCUCAAACCCGGGGGGACGAGCAUCCUGGUCACCCAGGACAACAAGGCCGAGUACGUCCAGCUGGUGACUGAGCUGAGGAUGACACGAGCCAUCCAGCCUCAGAUAAACGCCUUCCUGCAAGGAUUCCACACCUUCAUCCCCCCCUCGCUCAUCCAGCUUUUUGACGAAUACGAACUGGAGCUCCUGCUGUCAGGGAUGCCAGAGAUCGACGUGCAGGACUGGUGCAGAAACACAGAGUACACAAGUGGCUAUGACCCUCAGGAGCCAGUCAUCCAGUGGUUCUGGGAGGUGGUGAAAAGUCUGACCCAGGAGGAACGAGUUCUCCUGCUUCAGUUUGUCACUGGAAGUUCCAGGGUCCCUCAUGGUGGCUUUGCCUACCUGAUGGGUGGUAGUGGUUUACAGAAGUUCACCGUUGCUGCAGUGCCAUACACCUCCAACCUGCUGCCUACCUCUAGUACCUGCAUCAACAUGCUGAAACUCCCCGAAUACCCGAGCCAGGAGGUCCUGAGAGACCGGCUGCUGGUAGCUCUGCAUUGCGGGAGCUACGGAUACACCAUGGCAUAGACAUCAUAUCAGUUCACGCUGCUUUUUUCUCUGCAGACUCAUGCAAUAGACCAAAUGUUUUUUUGGUUUUUUUUUUGGCAGGUCCUGCUUUUGCUAGAAAAAAUAAGGGAAAUCCAAAAUUCUUAUUUAAGAGCGUCUGGAAAGGCACAAUGGUCUGAACAGGUUCUGCAGCUCAGCUGUAUUUGUGCCAGAAUUUUUUUUUUUUCAUGCACAUAUUUUAAUUUAAGGACUUCAUUGUAUGAAUUGUCUAUGUGAAGCCUAACAAUCAACCAUCAUUCAGACUGAUACAUACACUGAUAUUGAUUCAGUUUAAGGAGCUUUCCAUAUGGACCGACUGAACAUGCAAUCAAACUACAUCAGGAGUAAGGUACAUGUAUAUCAACCUGAUAUAAUGGAACAAAUCUUUUUUUUUUUAAUGCCCACUUCAUCUCCUUAUUUUAACACUCCUUAUUCUUUGGACCAGUAGCUCUACUUUCUGUUUAAGAUACCAGCACCAGUAUCACAUCUAGGUCUUUUGUUAUUCCACCAUGGUUUGGAGAAACCAAAAUCUUUUAUAUUGCUGUAGCAACAAUAACUAAACGGCCAAAAUGAGCGCGCCGGCUUUGCAUUGCAACGCAGACGUGGAGAGCUGUAAGAGCCUCCACUCCUCUGGUUCCAGGCUGAGCUCCAGAGCGUUAGUGGGGUCCAGCGGUAUCAUGUGAGCCGGCCCAGUUGCAGUCAGCAUUUUGUGUUUGCCCCGAGGCUGUUGGAUGAGGUUAAAUUUAGUGCUGUGUGCUUUACUCCAGUAAAGUUCUUCCAAAAAAAAGGAGAGGAGGAAGGCCAGUUUUUUAACACAUCUACAUGUGUCUAUGCUGAAACACACUCCUCCAGUCACUGUAACUGCACGUGUCAUGUGAUGGAUUAUAGGAACUUGUUUGUCAUUUUUGAAGUGAGUAAUUUGCUGUUGUCUGUAUUCGUACUUUCUUUUUGUCCCGGUUUGGUAAACUUUCACAAGGAGCAGUACGUUUGUCUAUGUGACGAAUGUUUGGCUCGUAGUGCCAAAAAGUACAAGCUGAAAUUUUUUUUUUUAUUCUUUCUUCUAAGUCACUGUUUUAUUUUUGCCCUUGCUGACUCAGAAACGCUCUGAAAGGGAUGGACAUGGUGUCCUGAAUGUAUCACAGAAACGUCUUUCUUUCCGUUUCUUGAGGGAGUUAUGUAUAUUAAUUUUUAUCCAUCAGUAUUGUUUUGCAUUCCUCGCUUGAAAUUCUUUCCUAAACAGAUGUCAAUGUCUAUUGUAAAUGGAGCCUUUAUACACUAUACUGUAAAUGUCUUCAGUAUUUUACCUUGAAAUAUAUAUUGUGCUUUGAGAUUUUAUCUAAUAAAACUUUUGAUAAUC